GGCCGCAGCCCCGUCCGGGCGCUGUUUGCUCCCAGUUCCCUCCCAGUGCUCCCAGUAAGAGCGGCCCCGGCAGGGAAAGCGCUCCCAGUUCCACCCCCUUGCUCUCACUGUCUCUCCCAGUACUCUCCCUGUUGUUCCCAGUGCUCCAGUAUUACUCGGUGUGCCGCACGCGGCGCGCUUGGUUUGCAACCCCCGCAGGGCAGAGCGCGGCUGCUUCUGGGUACCAGCACGGACUCGGGCCGGGCGGGGAGGGGACGACGAGCGGGAGGAAGAGGAGGAGCCCCGACCCCACGCGGUUUCCCCGCUCCGGCCGCAGCUGCCCCGGCUCCUGCUGCAUCGCCCCCUCCGGGAGCCGCAGGGAAGGAGCUGAGGAUGGAGACCAGGCAGAACAAAUCCCUGCAACAGAACCUCGUGGAAGAGGCUGUUUUGAGUGGCUCCACAGCACAGGAAUCCAGUGUGGAGGAAAAGCCCCGGAGAUCCCGCACGAGGAGGGGCUGCAAACGCAGAUCACGGGGAUCCGAGGAGGAAAGACCCACCCUGGGCCAGGGAGGCAGCCUGAGCUCGGCGCUGAGGGUCCAUGAGCAGCUUCAGGAUGGGGAGAAGCCCCACAAGUGCUUGGAAUGUGGGAAGAGCUUCAGGUGGAGAUCCAACCUGGUGGAGCACUGCAGAAUCCACACAGGGGUGAGGCCCUAUGAGUGUGGGGAGUGUGGCAAGAGCUUCAGCCAGAGCACUCACCUAAGUGUCCACCAGAGGAGCCACACUGGGGAGAGGCCCUAUGAGUGUGAUCAAUGCAAGAAGAGGUUUCAGACCAAGUCCUGUCUCCUAAGUCACCAGCGCAUUCACACAGAGGAGAGGCCCUUCCGCUGCCCCGACUGUGGGAAGGGCUUUAGGGAGAAAUCCACCCUUGUAAAGCAUCAGCGCAUCCACACAGGGGAGAGGCCCUACGAGUGUGAUCAGUGCAGGAAGAGGUUUCACACCAGCUCCUACCUCCUGCUCCACCAGCGCAUUCACACAGACGAGAGGCCCUUCCACUGCCCCGACUGUGGGAAGGGCUUCAAGGACAACUCCGACCUCAUCAGGCACCGGCGCAUCCACACCGGGGAGAGGCCCUACGAGUGUGGGCAGUGUGGGAAGAGCUUCAGAGUGAGAUUCAGCCUGAUUCUCCACCAGAGGAGCCACACGGGAGAACGGCCCUACGAGUGUGGGGAGUGUGGGAGGAGCUUUAGAGAGAGCUCCAGCCUGACUGUUCACAAGAGGAGCCACACUGGGGAGAGGCCCUAUGAGUGUGGGGAGUGUGGGAAGUGUUUCAGCACAAGCUCCAGCCUGACCGUCCACCAGAGGAGUCAUACCAAGGAGAAGCCCUAUGAGUGUGAUCAGUGCAAGAAGAGGUUUUACGCCAACUCCACUCUCAUCGUGCACCAGCGCAUUCACACAGACAAGAGGCCCUUCUGCUGCCCUGACUGCGGGAAGGGCUUCAGGGAGAAAUCCACCCUCAUCAAGCACCACCGCAUCCACACCGGGGAGAGGCCCUAUGAGUGUGAUCAGUGCUGGAAGAGGUUUCACACCACGUCCGAUGCCCUCAAGCACCAGCGCAUUCACACCGAGGAGAGGCCCUUCCGCUGCCCUGACUGCGGGAAGGGCUUCAAGCACAACUCCCACCUCACCAGGCACCGGCGCACCCACACCGGGGAGAGGCCCUACAAGUGUGGGGAGUGUGGGAAGAGCUUCUCCCAGAACUCCCAACUGAUCAUCCACCAGAGGAGCCACACUGGGGAGAAGCCCCACAAGUGCUCGGAAUGUGGGAAGAGCUUCAGGUGGAGCUCCGAACUGGUCCGCCACAUGAGAAUCCACACUGGGGAACGGCCCUAUGAGUGUGAUAAAUGCAGGAAGAGGUUUCAGACCAGCUCCAGUCUCCUUGAGCAUCAGCGGAGUCACGCCGAGGAGAGGCCCUUCUGCUGCCCCAUUUGUGCAAAGGGCUUCAAGCUCAAGUCUGUCCUCAUCACCCACCUGCGCAUCCACCGUGGGGAGAGGCCCUAUGAGUGUCCUGAGUGUGGGAAGAGCUUCACCCAGCACUCCACCCUGACUCGCCACGUGAGAAUCCACACGGGGGAACGGCCCUAUGAGUGUGCAGAGUGUGGGAAGGGCUUCAGGACGAGCUCUGAUCUGACCAUCCACCAGAGAACCCACACGGGGGAACGGCCCUAUGAGUGUGGGGAGUGUGGGCAUAGCUUCCCAAAGAGCUGCCACCUGACAUGCCACAUGAGAACCCACACGGGGGAACGGCCCUUUGAGUGUGCAGAGUGUGGGAAGAGCUUGAGGUCAAGGUCUGAACUGAUUGUCCACCAGAGGAUCCACACGGGGGAACGGCCCUUUGAGUGUGGGGAGUGUGGGAAGAGCUUCACGUCAAAGUCCAAGCUGACCCGCCACCAGAGGAGUCACACUGGGGACAGGCCCUACGAGUGUGAUCAGUGCAGGAAGAGGUUUCAGACCAGCUGUAGUCUCAUUCUGCACCAGCAGCUUCACACAGAUGAGAGGCCCUUCCGCUGCCCUGACUGCGGGAAGGGCUUCACCCGCAACUGCAGUCUCACCAGCCACCAGCACACCCACACCAGGGAGAGGCCCUAUGAGUGUUCUGAGUGUGGGAAGAGCUUCUCACAGAGGUCUGUCUUGACCAGACACCAACGGAACUACCACUAAGGGAAGCCCUGUGAGUGCCCUGUGUGCAGGAAGAGCUUUGUGUGCUGCUCCAGUUCCACCCCACACAGGAGGAUCCACCCUGGAUGAUCCCCAGUGACCCCCGGUGAUCUGUGGUGCUGGUGAUCCCUGUUGGAAAGACACGUGGCUGGGGGCUCCACAUCCUUCUGGCUCCCCAUCAGCAUCAGCCAAACAUCAAAAAUCCAUUUUGGAGGGGAUUUGUUGACUUCUGAGCCCCAGAAAAAUCUCUCUGUUUGCAUCUUCUGGUGGCAUCAAGCAACAUCAAGCCUUGGAGAUCUUCUCUAUCAUAAAUCCAUGAUUUUAAUUCUCUCUGGCACACAGGCAUCUUCCACAGCCCAGUGGGGAUGGAUUGGGGCAAAACCCCUGAUUUUGGAGACAGUUGGGUGGAAACCCCUCCAAAAAAGGUUCUUCCCACCCACCCAAGCAUGUGGAUGCUUUGCUGGCAGGGGCACGUAAAUCGUUUUGUUUUGGCCUUGAAAUGAAAAAGUUUCUGUUCAUACUUUUGAAAGCCCUGAAACUGUGGUAAAAAUAAAGACAUUGAACUAAGGCAUAGAUGGGGACGUGUGAGAACAUGGGAAACAUGGAUGUGGACAUGAGCUAGGACAGCAACAGUGCCACCACCUGUGCCACCACAGUGCCACCAGCACCUUCAUCUUGGCCAUGGCCAAGCGCUGCCUGGUGCAGUUCCUGCCACCACAUCCCCACUGUCACCACUGCAGUGUCCCAGCCGAAUGUCACCACCCAUCAGGGCAGGACGGGGACCUUGUUCAGCUGGUGACAAGUGGCCCAGAAGUGAUUGACAGGCACCAGGGUGUCCCAGGGCCACUGCACUCAGGGGACCCCAACCAUCCCUGGAGACAGGGCAAGGGUCAGUGUCUCCCACAGAUUUGGAUAUUGGCAGCCUGGUCAGAGAGAAAGUCAGAUAAUCUUUCCCAGGCAUUGUGCUGGGGAGCUUUGAGAACACUCAAAGAACUACAAACAAUUUCCAAUCUUUGCAGCUGGUGUCGUUGUUACUUGUAAGAUGUUUACAAGAAGGGUGGUUUGUAAUUAGCCAAUGGUGUGAGGGGUGUUGAUUAAUGACCAGUUAGUUUAAAUUCUGUCGUAAUUGUCUAUAAAGGGAAUGUGUUUUUCUAAUAAACUUUGCAUUGCCU